AUGCCUGUUUCUCGCUCUCAGCAAAUCCUACUUCGCAAUGGAACGGUUCUAGUCCACGAAGGAACCCACGUCAAGCCACUGCUCGGGCAUGAUCUCUUAAUCGAGGGAAACACGAUCAAGAAGAUCGGCGAAGGUCUACAGUUGCCAGCCGGUGGUAAGGAGGUCGAUUGUACCAGGAAGAUCAUAUCCCCUGGGUUUGUGGAUACUCAUCAUCAUGUGUGGCAGACGCAGCUGAAAGGGCGUCAUUGUGAUCAUACUUUGAUGCAGUACUAUCCUACCGGAAAUAUGCAGCCCUUCAACUACGAGCCCGAGGAUGUCUUCUGGGGACAACUUGGGGGCUGUCUACAGAGUAUCGACGCCGGCGUGACCACCGUCGUUGAUCAUGCGCACAUGUCCUAUUCUCCGGAGCAUGUGGACGAGGCAAUUCGGAGCUCCGUGUCCUCCGGCAUUCGCACGUUCCUCUGCUACACCCCGAUCCCACUGAUCAAGAGCUGGUCGUCGACCCUAGAGUACGAGGAGGAAUUUCCUCCAUCCUGGUGGUUGGCAACCCUUGAGCGUCUCCUCAAAAACGAGCCGUUUGGCAACGGCCGGGUGAAUAUAGGCGUUGCUCUUGAUUUCAUAUACCACUCCGAUAUCGUCCUCGGUCUGUGGAAGAAGGCCAAGGAGCUGAAUGUAAAGCUCUUGACUUCGCAUUACGUUCCGCGGUUUGACGCGAUCAGCACCGUACAGCUCCUCUCCGAGCACAAUCUCCUCAGCCCUAGCAUCGUUUUGUCUCACACCAACGACUUAUCCGACGCCGACGCCCACAGCCUCGUGAAGAACGAUAUCUUUGUCUCCGCGACCCCCGAAACAGAGCUCCAGAUGGGCCACGGCCAUCCCGUCGCAUUCCACCCCACUCUUAAAUCCCACACUUCGCUCGGCAUCGACUGCCACUCUAACAACUCGGCUGACAUGCUCACCCAGAUGCGCCUCGCCUUGCAGCACGCGCGCGCAGCCCAUAACCAGACCACCUUGAGGGCUAGCGAGCCGCCGCGCGUCGACAUCACCGUCGAAGAAACCUUUAAUCUGGGUACGAUCCAGGGCGCCAGGGCUGUGAGCAUGGCAGAUCAGAUCGGUAGUCUUGCCGAGGGGAAGAGGGCCGAUGUUGUGGUCUUCGACGCGACGAGUCCCGGCAUGAUCUGUGCCGCCGACGAGAAUCCCGUAGGUGCGAUUCUCCUGCAUGCCGGGGUGCGUGAUAUCGAGAUGGUGAUUGUGGAUGGGCAGGUGAGGAAGGAAGGGGGACGGUUACGGCCGGUGAAGAUCCUGGAGAGAGUGGAUGCAGAGAGAGGGGUCGAGAUUGGUUGGGAUGAAGUUGCUAAACAUCUUCUGGAGAGUCGGGAAAGAAUCAUUCAGAGAGGUCAGGGGCAGGAUGUUGGGGCUGCUAAGCUGUGCGAUACCGAUCCUCGUGGUGGUGGCAACCGAGCUUCCAUCGUGCCACAACUCCGCACGGGUGGCGGAAUCCCUCAGCACUUGCCUAUACUCUCCCCAGCUGACCCGAAUCCUGCUUCCUUGCGCGGAUGGGUGCUUCCUUGCGUAGUCCACGCAGGAACUUGGCCAGGAGGUGCCGCCGUUGACCACCCCGUCGACUCCUCUGUCGGCGAUUCUCACGCCGUUUCGCAUGCCUCGGAGACUCCUCGUCCGGUAGAGUCCACGGAUGCGCCAUCAUCAUCUGAGGGGGAUAAGGAACAGAAACCCACUGGUGGCUCCGCUGGAAGUAAAGCGGACGAUAAGCCGUCCGCGGAUCAUACUGGUCAGGAUGCGGGAUCUGGACAAGUGGAGGAACUAGACGACUUCGGUUUGCCGAUUCGACCGCGUGCCAACCCUGCCCGGUCGCCGACUGAGUCUUCCGAAGACACUCAGGAGUUCCACGAUGUUCAGGAGGCCGCUGCGGACACGACAGACGACGACAAAGCGAGUAAACCGGGAGAGCAAGUGAUUGCAGACAAGCCAGAGGAGGAACGAGAACAGCAAUCAGUACCCCAGAACGACGUAUCGGAGAAUUUGGAGCCUGGAAAAGAGGAGACGCAGCCUACGAUUGCAACCCCUACUGCAACUUCUACCGCAUUUUCUACUCCGCAGAAGACAGAGACCCCCCAGGAGGCUGAACCGACUCCACCCAAGACCAACGACAAGAAUGAAAUCUCCGGCAUCUCCCCGGACCAUGAAGAUGGGCCACCACCGCCAUACACAAAGGAUCCAACUCCACAAAAUACAGCUCUCUCGACUCAACCGGAGACCACGCGUCAGAAACGGGCAAGUCUCAAAGCUUCGGAAUGGUCACAUCAGCGACUCAAUGAAGCCAAGGAAUCCGAAAGUGAGCCUGAGGAAGAAGACGAUGGUGGGUGGAAGGAGAUGCCCGCUGUAGAUGAGUUUGAUUUUUACGACGAUUAUGGACGUCUUGUCGUGCGCGGCGCCAAAACGGAGAGUAACGAAGCAGUUUAUCAAGGACUAGGAGGUGCUGGAAAGGGGUACACUCGUGUGCAACUUGACGAGGAUGCCCACUCAGUGACGAGCUUGGACGAAGACACGAGCUAUCUUUUCAAAGAAAACAGUGCCACAGCGGCUGGCUUGGAGGGGGAAGAGAUGCGUGAUCCCUUAAGUCAAUUACAGGCGACCAAGGACUUACUUAAUGAAACCCAAAAAAUCGCGUACGUUGGCGUGGUCAGACUUGCUAUUCAUCAGAUUGCGUCGGAUAUGGAGAAGAUACCGGUCACCAGAGGCACCCGCAAGGCAAAGCAAAAAAGCAUCGACUCGAUGCGAAAAUGGGGUCAAGCGAUGAUGUCGAGGGUCUAUUUUCACAUGGAUAUCGAUUCCGCAGAGCAGAUCAUGAUCGAGCAACUGGCAGAACACGGCGUCCAGCCUGCUGAUCUUGUUCGGCCGCUCAUGCAGAAUGCCCGCGUUCACAAUCCCUUGGCAGACGAGCAAGACAUCUCCAGGAAAUCUACGUCUUCCCUAGCCUCCCCCGGCGUAAGAAAGAAUUUCAGGAACAGUUUAUCCACGGAGAUUGACCGGUCUUCCACCUCCACGUCCCCUCCACCCUAUGAAACCCACGAAGGGGAAGACCUGCCCGAGGUUCGUACGCCUUCCCAAUUACCCACUUCGGAGAAAAUCGAUAUAGAUCUCCGCUGGACGGUGCUAUGCGAUCUGUUUCUAGUCCUCAUCUCCGAUUCUGCUUACGAUGCGCGGUCUCGGACCCUACUCGAAAGAGUGGGCGAAUCCAUGGAGGUUUCGUGGCUUCAGAUUGCACGAUUUGAAAAGCGUGUGAUCGAUGCCCUCGAAAUGCAAGAGGCUGCAGAGAAGGAGACCUGGGACGAGUCGGAGCACAUGGAGGCACGACGUAAGAAGGCUUUGAAGCGUCGGUACAUCACUAUGGGCUUGGCCACCGUGGGUGGUGGACUCGUCAUCGGUCUUUCUGCUGGACUGCUGGCUCCUGUCAUCGGUGCCGGUCUCGCCGCUGGAUUUACCACCGUGGGAAUUUCCGGUACUGGAGCUUUCUUGGGAGGUGCAGGUGGCACAGCAUUGAUCGCAUCAAGCGCUACCUUGACCGGAAGCUCGAUUGGAAUGAGGGCUUCCAAGAGGCGCACGGGUGCAGUUCAGACCUUUGAGUAUCGUCCUUUGCACAACAACAAGAGGGUGAACCUGAUUGUCACCGUAGCAGGCUGGAUGACCGGUAAAGUCGAUGACGUCCGGCUGCCAUUCAGUACGGUUGAUCCCAUCAUGGGUGAUCUGUACUCGGUCCUCUGGGAGCCUGAAAUGCUUCGGAGUAUGGGUGAAACCAUCAACAUUCUCGCUACUGAGGCCUUGACGCAAGGACUGCAGCAAGUCCUAGGAAACACAGUUCUGGUCGCUCUAAUGGCAUCUUUACAGCUUCCUAUGAUCCUGACGAAACUGUCAUACCUAAUUGACAACCCCUGGAAUGUCUCGCUGGUCCGCGCAAGCGCGGCAGGUCUCAUCCUUGCCGACUCUCUGAUGGACCAUAAUCUCGGAAAGCGACCAAUUACCUUACUUGGCUUCUCUCUCGGUGCGAGAGUCAUCUUCUCCUGCCUUAGAGAACUUGCAGACAAGGGUGCGCAUGGACUUGUUCAGAACGUCUACAUGUUCGGAUCGCCCAUAGUAGCCAGCAAAGAUGAUUAUCUGAAAGCCCGAAGUGUCGUCUCUGGCCGCUUCGUCAACGGCUAUUCCUCCAACGACUGGAUUCUAGGAUAUCUUUUCCGUGCUACGAGCGGCGGUAUUAUGCGUGUGGCCGGUCUCGCCCCCGUCGAGGGGAUUCCCAAUCUGGAAAACUUCGACGUCACCAAAUUGGUGAAUGGCCACAUGGAUUACCGUGCAGCAAUGCCUCGACUAUUGAAGGAAGUUGGAUGGGAAGUCCUGGGCGAGGAAUUUGCCGAGAUUGAGGAUCCUGACCCUGAAAAUCACAACGAGCGACAGCGGGAAUUGAUCCGAGAGAUCGACGAAGCUCGGCGGGAGGCUGAAGCUAAGCCGGAGAAGAAGCGAUUCGGACUUUUCAAGCGAGGAAAACUGGCGCAAAAGAAGGGAUGGGAGACCUACGAUGUGGACCGCAAUAAUGCCACUCCUCGAGAGUCGAGCGACAGUAACGGAGCCGGGACGGUGCUAUUUGACAUCGAUGCGAUCAAGGCUGAACUUGCUUCGGAAAGCAUUGAAGUCAAACAGCUUGAGUCGACGCUUCCACCCAUGAAGUUAGACUUGAACUCCCCUUCGAGUCCCUCUGCUGCUGCUUCAGCGGCACCAUCUCCGUCAGCCGGCAAAGACACCAAAAGUACGGGUACAAGCCAACCUGUCUCUCCAUUGCCUCCAGACCCAGUCGACAAAAAGGGUACCUCGGACACGCAUCAUUCUCCCUACCAUGAAGAAGAAAUCGAGAUGACAUUCGACACCCCUUACCACGAACCCCCACAACGUUCGCAGUCAUCGUUCGGGAAGUCUUCCCAUGACCCCCACGAGCCCCAACCUGCAAGGCCCGAACUCCGAUCUUCAAACACGUUGCCAGUUGGAGUCGGAGUCGGAGCUGGGAUGGGAGUAGGCGCCAGCGCACUCGGUGCCAUGGCUCUCGAGCAAAACGCCUGGGCCGAUCACGACAUAGGCAACGGAGAGGAGGGUGAAAUCUCCAUGUAUUUCGAGUGA